AUGCCUGCAGCAGUCAGUUCAGCUCCGGAUGGUAUCCUCAUAGAGACAGGCAACACGGAGCACGUGCUAUCGGAAUGGGACAAAGCAAACCAGGGUCCUCAGGUCCCGGAGUGUUUUAUUAAAUUGCCUCAGGAUCUGGCGAAGAGUUUCCCUCACACAAAACGGGUUGGGAGUUACCUGGUGGGUAAGAUGAUCAACAAAGGGUCAUUUGCCAAGGUGAUGGAAGGCCUACACAUUCCAACAGGGGAAAAGGUAGCCAUCAAAGUGAUAGACAAGAAGAAGGCCAAGCAAGAUUCUUAUGUCCUGAAGAACAUGAAACGAGAGCCCCGCAUCCACCAAAUGGUCCGACAUCCAAACAUUGUCCAACUCUUUGAGACAUUGGAGACUGAGAACUCUUACUACAUGGUGAUGGAGCUGUGCCUGGGAGGCGACUUGAUGGAAAGAAUCUGUGACAAGAAGAAACUGGAAGAAAGAGAAGUGAGAAGGUACACCAGGCAGAUCCUGUCAGCUGUGGAGCACCUCCAUCGCCAUGCAGUUGUGCACAGGGACCUGAAAAUUGAAAACUUCCUACUUGAUGAAAAUAACAAUAUCAAAAUUGUUGAUUUUGGACUGAGCAACACCCUGAAGAUCGACAGUCAGGAAAUGCUGACUACACAGUGUGGGAGCCCAGCCUAUGCUGCACCAGAGCUCUUGGCUCACAAGAAAUAUGGUCCAAAGGUGGAUGUCUGGUCAAUUGGGGUCAGCAUGUUUGCGAUGCUAACUGGAACAUUGCCUUUCACUGUGGAACCAUUUAACAUCAAGCAGCUGCAUCAGAAAAUGGUCAAUGGGGAUAUCAGUUCCAUUCCACCUGAAAUCUCAUCAGGAGGGCUACAUUUCAUGCUUUGCUUGCUUGAGCCUGAUCCAGUCAAACGACCCACUGUGAGAGAAGUUAUGGAGGAGAAAUGGUUAAGUGAAGGGUUCGUGCGAAGAUCCUUGCAUUCAGUAGUCUAUAAAAACAGACUUCAUCCUGAUGAACUUAAUUCAUCUGUUUUAAACUUUAUGACCGAAAAACUGGGCUUUGGGCUUACAGAAAUUAUGAACACAUUAAUCAAUAACAGACCAUCCCCCAUCAUGGCAACUUACUGCCUGUUACUGAAGAGACUGGCAAGAUACCAAAAUGGAAUAAAAAACAAGAGGGAAAGUAACACAAAAGAAAGUAUGUGUGCAAAGCUAAAAUCUACAAAUCUAAAUCUCCAAUCACAAUCUCAAGAUAGUAAGGAAACUACCAAACAGAUACAUCAGGAAAAUCAGAAGAACUCUGAAACAAAGGAACCUGAGUCUGUGCACACACCUAUACUGAAGGAGAUUAUUCAGGAACAAGAGAUUGCAGUUGUAUUGGCGACUCAAGACAACUAUUUCCCGGAAGUUUCCAGAUUUGCAGGCAGAGAAUUAGUUCAUCUGGAGCCUCCUGAAUCAUCCUCUAAAGGUAUAUCUGACAUGGCACAGAACCAAGCCAGCUCAGGAUCACAAGGUAGAGCAGAGAUCACCCACAGCCCAAUUGAUGCAAAUCAAGAAUUUCAAGAACAAAACAAUCCCAUCAUAGGAGAUGAUCCUGUUCAACCUGUCAGUCAACAGAGUACUGAAGGGAACCUCAAAUCAAUAAUGGUCAGCAAAGGGACACCCAGAUCACUGCUGGAGAACAAAGGACACUGCAAAAGCCCAAUAGUACAUCAUGAAACCGAAUUCAAAUGUCUCCUCCAAGCUAUGGAAGACUAUACACGAACACCAAAUUGGAAGUCUCAGGAGAAAGAUGGUCACAAUUUUGUGGUAAUUGACACACCUCAGCUUUCCCCGUUGCCAAAGCUCAGGCAAGUUGCUUUCAAAGACAGCGUGGCAAAGAAAACUACCUGGAUUAGAACAUCUCGGCACUCAACAAAUGGAUCACCACCCUUUUUGGUUAGCGGCAUAAGACCUUCAUUUUUACCACCUUCCCGCCAGCAGGCUCUGAUAGUCAAGAGCUUGCGUCAAUCCAAGGAGAAAACACAAACCUGUCUCACAGGCAACUCGUUCAAAAAGAAUUCCAUACAGCUCAAGCCAACUCAGAAAGCAGCAGAUUUAAAUCUCCCAGUAUUGUCCCCAGUGUUUCAGUCAAAGUCUGAUAAAAAACAUGAAAUAAUAAGGUUAGAUUUUGUAUAA